AUGAACGCGAAUACCCUCAUGGCUAUGAGGGCACGACAGGAGGAUUGGUGUGUCGUCAUGGGCUACAGGCUUUUCAACGUCCGCGUCUUCCCCAGCUGUCAAGCGCUCGUCGGCACUCAGGUGACGACCGGUGGCAGCGCAGGCGACUCCGCUGCCUCUGUCGUGCCUGCUAUGUGCCAAUGGUCCGAACAUGAGGGAGGAAAAAACAAGAAUCCGGAACCGGCCGGCUUGACCAUGUCCAAGGAGAGGCUCAGCAUUAGCCUGCAGUGCUCCGCAGCGAGGUCGUCCCUUCAGAUGUCACGAAUGUCUGUACACAGGGCGGCGCAAACACGGUACAAACUUGCAAGUCUGGCAGUGACAAACAGAAACAAAUUAGGCUCCAAACCUUCUCGGGCCCAAAGGAAACAUCACGUGGAGCAAGACGUCUCCCGCAAAAAGGACGUGCCCCCUGGAGCGCAAUGGAGUCUCCAGCUCAAAGACUCGCAGCUCCCGCUGUCUGAUAAAGAGUUGUUCGUCGGUCGUCAAAAGCAGAACCAAGACGAUGACGCAAAGUGCACGCUCUCAGUGAAGGUUGAAGCACCACCCUCUACAGUGAAAGAAAACGCUGUUUCUUGUGCCUACGGCCACCCAAGCAAUCCCUCACCCGUGAAGGUUGAGCUCGCACAGCCGAUACAAUCCGAGGACUCGAACUCCCAAUAG